CAAGAGCGAGACGUUAUGCAAAUCAAUGUGCAUAAAUACAGUAGCGUCUGGCGUGUCUCAUCCAUUCCAAAUCUGCAGCUCGAACCUCCAGCCACUAAAAGGACUUCAACACUUGCAUCAUCACACAGUAAAGGGCAGCAAAACAAAGCUUCAAGAAUGGCUAACAAAGUUCUAUUGAUGAUGGCGUUUUGCAUGGCCUUGAUCGUCUUGGCAAACAGCGCAGUAGUGCAAGAAGAAAAGCGCGCACUCAGCUGCUAUUGUGGGGAAAAUGACGAGCCACCCUAUGGAGACCAUUGGGUCUUCCGAGGCACUUGUCCAAGUGGUUAUGGAUAUACUCGUUCAUGUCAAAAUGGCCUGAACCGGUGCUGCUUCCCUAGAUCAGGCUGAGAAUGUAGCACGGCUCAGUUACGAUUAAAGCAAAUAAAGUAGAAAGUCAGUGUAGCCUGACAGCUUGUAACCGCUCAAAGGAAACUGAUGUAAAAUCAAAAGAAAGAAAUAAAACCUGAUGAAACAUGA